UCUGCCGGCUCCUCGCCAUGGCCUCCUGGGGCCCGGGACUCCGGCUCCUGCUGGGAAUCCUGCUGCUGCUGCUCCCGCCUCCUGCGACCCCUGCUUCCGACCGUCCCCGGGGCAGAGACCCGGUCAACCCAGAGAAGCUGCUGGUGAUCACGGUGGCCACAGCCGAGACGGAAGGAUACCGGCGUUUCCUGCGGUCAGCGGAGUUCUUCAACUACACAGUGCGGACCCUGGGCCUGGGACAGGAGUGGCGAGGGGGUGAUGUGGCCCGAACGGUUGGUGGAGGACAGAAGGUCAGGUGGCUAAAGAAGGAAAUGGAGAAAUAUGCUGACCGGGAGGAUAUGGUCAUCAUGUUCGUGGACAGCUACGACGUGAUUCUGGCUGGCAGCCCCUCCGAGCUGCUGAAGAAGUUCGUCCAGAGUGGGAGCCGCCUGCUCUUCUCCGCCGAGGGCUUCUGCUGGCCCGAGUGGGGGCUGGCGGAGCAGUACCCUGAGGUGGGCACGGGGAAGCGCUUCCUCAACUCUGGUGGGUUCAUCGGCUUUGCCCCCACCAUCCACCGAGUCGUCCGCCAGUGGAAGUACGAGGAUGAUGAUGAUGACCAGCUGUUCUACACACGGCUCUACCUGGACCCAGGGCUGAGGGAGAAACUCAGCCUGAAUCUGGAUCAUAAAUCCCGGAUCUUUCAGAACCUCAAUGGGGCUUUGGAUGAGAUAGUUUUAAAGUUUGAUCGGAAUCGCGUGCGUAUCCGGAAUGUGGCCUAUGACACACUUCCCGUUGUGGUCCAUGGGAACGGUCCGACUAAGCUCCAGCUGAAUUACCUGGGAAACUAUGUCCCUAAUGGCUGGACUCCUCAGGGAGGCUGUGGGUUCUGCGGCCGGGACCGGAGGAUACUCCCGGGGGGGCAGGUGAGGAGGGGUGCCAGGGUCGGGCAGGACAAGGCACUGAGGCAAGGGGUGCGGGGAGAGCAUGCAGGACAGCAGUGCACGGGGCAAAGCCCCUGGGGACCCCCAGGACACACCAGGGGGAGGCCUGGGCUCUCCUCUGAGCCCCAAGAAGCCAGCAACUUCUGCACAGAGACCACGGGCUUCUUGGGCCUCUUUCCAGGCCUCUGGCCGCACCUGCUCAGGCUGUCAGGUUGGUUCCACCUCCCUCGCUUCCGGGACUACACCAUGUGUAGUGGUUUGCUGUCCUCUGACAAGGCCAGCGCCGCCUAUCUGCUGUCCCGGCCUGAGGGCGGCCAGGUGGCAGUCCUGGCCGCGAGAGGGCCCCUGGAAGCGCUGGACCCAAAAGCGAGUGCGCUAACCUUGCGGAUCCGGAAUCAGAGGGGCUGGCCUUAG